AUGGUCAAAUCCUAUCGCAAGUACGAGCAGUCGGCCACCUUUGGUCUCGUCAACACUGCCCUCUCAAACCUUGUCUGGACCCCUGAUAACCUCGUCUCGUCGUCUUCGCGUAACACUGGUGCUGGUAGAGCCUAUGUCGGCGCGAAUGAGCAUAUCUUAGCUUGGGAUGUGAAGAAGGGCGAGCUGCUGAGUCGCUGGCAUGAUGUCGACUGCAAGUCUCAGGUCUCGGCCAUCGCUCAGUGCUCUGCCCAGCCUGAUCUUUUCGCCGUCGGAUACCAGGAUGGCAGCAUCAGGGUCUGGGAUGCUCUGUCCAACAACCCUAUUAUGAGCUUCAAUGGCCACCGCUCCGCCAUCACCCACCUGAUCUUCGACUCCGAGGGCGCAAGACUUGCCAGUGGUUCCAAGGAUACCGACAUCAUCAUCUGGAACUUGCUCUCCGAAACUGCUGAGUUCCGUCUCAGAGGUCACAAGGAUCAAAUCACCGGCCUACACUUCAUUCGCACCCGUCCUUCUGGUCGUCAAUCCCCUCACACUGAUGGGGCCGUCGAUGUCACCGCUCCAGGCGAGCCCGAAGAGUUCGAGGAAAAAUACCUGCUCUCCACCAGCAAGGACGCUCUUAUCAAGAUUUGGGAUCUCUCGACUCCUCACUGUAUCGAAACACAUGUUGCUCAGACAAAUGGCGAGUGUUGGGCUCUUGGUGUCUCUCCAGACGGCAUGGGCUGUAUCACUGCUGGCAACGACGGUGAGCUCAAGGUCUGGUCGCUUGAUCUGGACAGUCUGGCCGAGUUUGGCGCAAACAUUGCAGAGGCAAAGCAGUCGAACUCUCUCACUGCACAGGGAAUCCUCCUUCGUCAGAGCAAGGACCGAACCUUGAGUGUUGCUUUCCACCCCAAAGGCGAAUACAUUGCCGUUCACGGCUCCGAGAAGGCUGUCGAAAUUUGGCGCAUCAGGUCGGAUGAAGAAGUACAAAAGAGCUUGGCAAGAAAGAGAAAGAGAAGAAGAGAAAAAGCUGCCGCUGCUGGUGCUUCCGUCGCCGAAGUGGAGAAAGAGGAGGAGAAUACAACGCCCGAUGUAUCAGAGGUCUUUGUCUCGUAUGUCAUUGUCCGCACUGGUGGCAAGGUUAGAUCUGCUGCUUGGGCCGCAAGCAGAUCCUCCAAGAACGUAGAGCUGGUCUGCUCCACCACCAAUAACCAGAUCGAGUCCUACACAAUCACAAGCCGCGAGAAGUCAAAGAAGGCUACGGCUGAGGCUCCCGACUACAACCGUGCUUUGGCUGUCGACAUGCCUGGACACAGAACCGAUAUUCGCGCUCUGGCUCUGAGCUCCGACGACCGCAUGCUUGCAUCUGCAUCCGCUGGACUUCUCAAGAUUUGGAACGUCAGGACCCAGAGUUGUUUGAGAACUCUUGAGUGCGGCCAAUCGCUAUGUUGUACAUUCUUGCCUGGUGACAAGAUUGUCCUGGUGGGAACCAAGACUGGAGAGCUUGAACUAUACGAUAUCGCCUCUUCUGCCUUGAUCGACAAGUUCCAGGCACAUGAUGGUGCUGUAUGGACUCUCCAAGUACAUCCCGACGGAACAUCAGUCGUGACUGGAGGUGCAGACAAAUGUGCCAAGUUUUGGAAGUUCGACAUCGUCCAAGAGGAAAUUCCUGGCACUCGAAGAACCACUCCCAAGUUGAAGCUGACUCAGACUCGCGUCCUCAAGGUCGCAGACGAUGUUCUCAGUGUUUGCUUCUCUCCUGACUCCCGCCUCCUCGCCCUUUCGACCCUCGACAACACCGUCAAAGUGUUCUUUGUCGACACUCUCAAACUCUUCCUUACUCUAUACGGUCACAAGCUUCCUGUGCUCAACAUCUCCAUCUCAUCAGACAGCAAACUCAUCGCUACUUGCAGUGCCGACAAGAAUGUUCGCAUCUGGGGUCUGGACUUUGGUGACUGCCAUAAGGCAUUCUUUGCUCAUCAAGACAGUGUUAUGCAAGUCUUAUUCAUCCCUCACCCUGUCGAGCAGGAAGAACAACAUCUCUUCUUCAGUGCCAGCAAAGACUCAGUUGUCAAGACCUGGGAUGGUGACAAAUUCGAGCAAAUUCAAAAGCUGGAAGGUCACCAUGGAGAAGUGUGGGCUAUGGUCGUCAGCAGGACUGGCGAGAAGGUCAUCACAGCAAGUCACGACAAGAGUAUCCGCGUCUGGGAUGUCACAGAUGACCUUAUCUUCCUGGAAGAAGAAAGAGAAAAGGAGCUUGAACAGAUGUACGAAUCGACGUUGGCCACUCAACUUGACAAAGACCAUGCCGAUGACGAUGAAGGCGCCGAGGAUGAUGUUGCUGCCGCGUCCAAGCAGACGAUAACCACCUUGACAUACGGUGAACGUAUCUUGGAAGCUCUUGAACUCGGCUAUGCAGAUUACCAAAUCAUGCAGGCAUAUGAGGCUGAAAAGGCAACAAAACCAAAUCUCGCAAUGCCGCAGCGAAAUCCUAUAUUCACUUAUGGCAACAUCAGCGCCGAACAGCAUGUCUUGCAGACCAUUCGCAAGAUUCCGAAUGCAUCUCUAAAUGAUGCUCUUAUGGUUGUGCCUUUCUCAUCCCUUCCCGUCCUUUUCAUGUUUGUUUCAGUCUUUGUUCAGCGUCGCAUGCAGCCACAACUAGCAUGGCGCGUGUUCUACUUCUUGCUACAAACGCACAACACACAAAUUGUGGCCAGCAAACAGCUCAAGGAUGUAUUGAGCGAGGUGCUCGAAGCCUAUGGACAUUGGGUCAAGGAAGAAAAGAACAUGCUUGGUUUCAACAUGGCUGCCCUUGGACUCAUGGGCAGAGAAAUCAAGGAAGCACAGGUUCACGGCAUGGACGACGAACCAGAAGAACGAGAAGAGAAGCUGGAAAGGGGAACCAAAAAGCGUGCAUUUGCUUCUAUUGCAUAA